CGCCACCAAACCUCAAAUUGCUACACCAAUGCUGCAUACCCGGGUCAAAUGCCGGAUGGUAGAUUAGUUGAGAUUCGUACAAGGGUACCAAGGAACAUCAACAAACCCCCCCCCCCCCCAUGUCGAGCAGCAUAAAGACGCUUAGUUGCUUUCCAUCGGGGAUAUUAGCCAAGGCUCUCCUCAUUCCUCAAGACACACAUUUUGGACAUCACGGCUAUGCGGUUUCACAUUCUUGCCUGUUCUCUCCUGCUCGCCCCCCUGACAAGGGCCCGAGAUCCGGACAGAGAGCGACCCAACCAUAAUCUCACUGUCAAAACCACCAGCGGUACUUACACGGGUUUCAUCAACUCUACGGGCCCCGAUGUGAACCAAUGGCUAGGCAUCCCGUACGGGCGGCCCCCCCUGGGGGAUCUGCGAUUUAUGCCUCCCAAGAAAGCGCCCGAUUACGGCCACGCCGACGCAAAAUCCUAUCGGCCCGUUUGCUUCCAGACCGGUAACAGGACGGGCGCUUUCUGGGAGCUUAUGCCCGAGUUCCAGAACACGGAUUCCCAGAGCGAGGAUUGCUUGUAUCUCAACAUCUGGGGUCCGCGGAAGCCCGUUCAGGCGAAGGUGCCUGUAAUUAUUUGGGUGUGCGGCGGAGGGUUUAGGGAGGGCGGCGGCCACGCGCCGUAUCAGGUCCCAGACCAGUGGAUUCAGAGGACGCAGACGCAUAUUGUUGUCACCUUCAAUUAUCGUCUCGGUAUCUUCGGCUUCCCUAACUCGCCGAUCGCUAACAAAAACGCUGGGCUGCUGGAUAUCCGGCUCGUUGUGGAAUGGCUCAAGGACAACAUUGCAGGAUUUGGCGGCGACCCCGAGCGCAUGGUUCUCUAUGGUCAGUCUGCUGGUGCCACAGCCGUUCUAUCCCAGGCGUACGCGUACCCCGAGACGCCGAUCGUCCGCGGUUUCAUUGCCUCGUCCGCCGGUAUCGGGACCAACAACCCGACAAACACUACGCUCUUUCACGACCUAGCGCAGACUGCUGAAUGCGCCAACCUUACGGGGGCGGCCGAACUCGAGUGUAUGCAAAGGAUUGAUGCGCCAGUGCUACAGCGGAAGGUCAAUGAAGCUAACACGGAUCCCAACCGCGGGGUGUUCCGCCCCAUCGCUGAUGGCGUUAGUCUCUUUGCGAACCUGACGGAGAGGCUCGAAAAAGGGUUGGUCGCUAAGCUGCCACUGAUUACCGGGUUUACGUAUAAUGAGGCGGCAGCGUUCCUACCCUUCAACAUCAACGCUACGGCACCACCGAACGGAACUGUUUCGCCGGGAGCCGGCGGACUAGCAUGCGGCGUCAGGAGCCAGAUACUUACCCGGGCCGGGUAUGGGUUUCCGACGUACGUCUAUCUGUUCUCGGGUAACUUUAGCAACAUUACGCCUCGGUAUUGGCUUGGGGGCAUGCAUAGCUCCGACAUCCCCCUCGUCUUCGGGACGCACAACCAGUUCCGCGGCAACUCGACCGAGUUCGAAUGGCAGACGAGCUUUGCAAUAGAGGCUGCCUGGGUCUCCCUGGCCGCCAACCCCUUAGCAGAUCCCCGCGACCACCUUGGCCAGAAAUGGCCCAAGUAUACAGAAGCGAGCCACCAGGUUGUCGUGUUUGGCAACGCUACAGGGCCUAGCGAGUCGUAUGUGGAGUCUGCCGAGAUCUUAGAUAUGUAUAGCGGCCCCUGUUAAUAAUGAGAGAUGUUUGAGAUAGUAUUGAGUAGCUUCUUAAUGCCCCCAGUAGUCUAUAGGCUUUAUUAGUAUUAGGACCUAGGAGGGACCUUAAGGUAUAUAAUGCUCAAGUAAUAAGGUAUAAGGAAUAUACGAGCGGUGUUUAUAUAUAUAGUGUAUAGUUUAAUAG